GUGAGAGACUGCCCUUUCAGAAUUCAGACCAAAGCACGUGAGACCUCUCUCUCACGUCGUCCGUUUUCCGAGGGUGUGUUAAAACUGGGGUCUCCUCACAGCAAAUCCGCUUCCCAUAGAUUUUUCUUUCUUUUGUGAUUUUCUUAAAGUUUCGUUUCUUCGUCAGGUGAAAAUCAAAGAGAAAAAACAAAACUUUAAACGUUUCGAUCCGCGUCAAGCGAUUUCCGCCAUGUCGAUGAUGACAACUGUCAAAGUGAGCAAUGUUUCUCUAGGAGCAACCGAUCGUGACCUCAAGGAGUUCUUUUCCUUCUCUGGCGACAUUCUCUACCUCGAGACCCUCAGCGAGACAGAACGGUCCAAAUUGGCUUAUGUCACUUUCAAGGAUCUACAAGGAGCUGAAACUGCUGUUCUUCUCUCGGGAGCAACGAUUGUUGAUUCUUCGGUCAUUGUCACUAUGGCUCCUGAUUACCAACUCUCUCCUGAGGCUUUAGCUUCCUUGGAGCCCAAGGAAAGCAGCAAGUCUCCCCGUGCAGGUGACUCCGUGUUGAGAAAAGCCGAAGAUGUUGUCAGCAGCAUGCUCGCAAAGGGCUUCAUUCUAGGCAAAGACGCAAUCGCCAAAGCCAAGAGCGUUGACGAGAAACACCAGCUUACAUCCACUGCAUCCGCCAAAGUCGCAUCUCUCGACAAGAAACUCGGUUUCACCGACAAGAUCAACACCGGAACGGUCGUGGUGGGUGAUAAAGUCAGGGAAGUUGAUCACAAGUACCAAGUCUCCGAGAAGACCAAAUCAGCGAUCGCUGCAGCUGAGCAGACGGUGAGCAACGCGGGGUCGGCUAUAAUGAAGAACCGGUAUGUUCUCACGGGUGCCACGUGGGUCACCGGAGCUUUCAACAAAGUGGCCAAGGCUGCUGAAGAAGUUGGACAAAAGGCCAAAGAGAAAGUUGGUAUGGCUGAGGAAGAAGACAAGAGGAAAGUGGUUGAUGAGUUUGCUAGAGUUCACUUGUCUGAAUCACCAAAGGCGCCAUCAUCUAAGGAUGAAGACGUACAUGAACCAAAACGCUCUGAAUCUCCUGAACCAAAAGAAUCUGAACAUCACGAGCCCCAGCAGCCGCAGCCGCAGCAGCAGCAACAGUCUCCUCCACCUGUGGCUCCGGCUCAACCUUGAGAUUUGCAGGCAAGUAAAGACUGAAGACAUUUGUGAUUCUUGUUGUGAACGGUAAUAUUUUGAACUAGUCUCUCCUGGAUUAUCGAAAAUGAAUAUCGAACUUCUUUAUUUAGUACCAAGACUUGCGUUCUUCUUGGAUUCAUGGUCGGUUUGGUACUUAGACUGAUAAAAAAUAUCAAUUUUGUCUUC